AUGGUCAUCAAUCUGGACAUUGCAAAUUUCACUGUCCACAAAGUACUAGUCGACAGUGGAAGCUCGGCGGAUAUAAUAUUCAAAAGUGUCGUUGAUAAGAUGGGGUUGGAAAAUGCUCGACUGGAGCCGGUGAAAACUCCACUCAUCGGAUUCGGUGGAAGUGAAGUGGCGUCACUGGGCGUGAUUGGACUGCCGGUAUCCAUGGAUGAAGAACCUAAAUGCAAAACUUUGAUGGUGAAGUUCUUGGUGGUCGAUACUCCAUUUGCUUACAACGUAAUUCUCGGCAGACCGGGCCUAAACUUAUUUCGAGCAGUCAUCUCCACGUAUCAUAUGAAGAUAAAGUUCCCUACGGAGAAUGGAAUAGGAGAAGUGGCUUGCAACCAGAAAGAGGCUAGGAAGUGUUAUAAGUUGUGGCUGAAGAGGGAGUCAGGUCAGAAGAAAAGGAAAGUCGGAGAGGAUGCUGAACCUCGACCAUACGAAACUGAGCAUAUGAAACCUAUGACAAAUACAAGACUGUGCAGCUCGUACAAGACGAGCAAGGAAAAACGACCAAGGUAG